AAAAUAAAUAGUGUUUUCUCUCAGUUAAACAUAGAAUAAGUCAUACAAACUAAGUUUUAUUCGUCGAUAAAACUAAGCAGGUUGUUUAAUAUCCUAGUCGCUGAUAAUUACAUGUCUACACAUGUAUCCUUUCACUGACAUAAUUAUACGUGAAAUCCUAAUAGUUCACUUGUAUUAGUGUGUUUUAAAACAUGUGUAAAAUAAAACUGUUUGUGGGAGUCGAGGCGAUGAAAGCAAAGCAUAAUGCGGUUUAAGCUCGAUGGUAAACAGUCCUCAGCACUACUUCCUGAGUUUAGGGAAGGGGCUUGGUCCCGUGCCUGCGCCCCGCGAACGCGCAUCAAAUUAGCAUCGAUGAAGUUUGUGCGAACAUGGCGGAUUUCCUGCCGACCAGGUCCGUGUUAAAAGUUUGUCUACCCGUCUGCCUGCUGAACAGCGGCGAGGUGGACCAGCUCCGAAAGUCCAAGGAGAUCGACCGAAGAAUCUCCCGGGAGAAAACGUACGUUAAACGGCUGGUGAAGAUCCUGCUGCUCGGAGCGGGCGAGAGCGGCAAGUCGACUUUCCUCAAACAAAUGCGGAUCAUCCACGGACAGGACUUCGACCAGCGCGCGCGCGAGGACUUCCGAGCCACGAUUUACAGCAACGUCAUCAAAGGUGUCCGCGUGCUGGUGGACGCCCGGGAGAAGCUGCACAUCCCGUGGGGCGACCCGGAGAACCAGAGGCACGGGGACAGCCUGAUGGCCAUCGACACCCGGUCGGCCAAGAUGGCCAGCGGGCAGCUGGAGACGUCCGUCUUCCUGCGGUACCUGUCCGCCAUCAGGGCCCUGUGGGACGACUCGGGGAUACAGAACGCCUACGACCGUCGCCGGGAGUUUCAGCUGGGUGAGUCAGUGAAGUAUUUCUUGGAUAAUCUGGAUAAGCUUGGCAAGCCGGAAUACGUGCCCACUCAGCAGGACAUCCUGCUGGCUCGCAAACCCACCAAGGGCAUCCACGAGUACGACUUUGAGAUCAAGAACGUCCCCUUCAAGAUGGUGGACGUGGGGGGGCAGCGGUCCGAGCGGAAGCGCUGGUUUGAGUGCUUCGAUUCGGUCACCUCGAUCCUCUUCCUCGUCUCGUCCUCCGAAUACGACCAGGUGCUGAUGGAGGACAGGCAGACAAACCGGCUGCGCGAAUCGCUCAACAUCUUCGAGACCAUCGUCAACAACCGCGUCUUCGUCAACGUUUCCAUCAUCCUCUUCCUCAACAAGACAGACCUGCUGGAGGAGAAGGUGAAGAGCGUUCCGCUCAAGGACUACUUUACUGAGUACACCGGGCAGGAGCACGACCUGCCGGACGUGCAGGCGUUCAUGGUGGAGUGCUUCCGGGACAAGAGGCGCGACGCCACCCAGAAGCCCCUCUACCACCACUUCACCACGGCCAUCAACACGGAGAACAUCAGGCUGGUGUUCCGGGACGUCAAGGACACCAUCCUCCACGACAACCUCAAGCAGCUCAUGCUCCAAUGACCCCUGUCGACCUGUGAAGACGGAGGACCCAACUGGGGACGGACCAACUCUCGCUCCCCACCCGCCCCAUCACCUCACUCCCGACGAGGACUUGGGAGAGAUCCGCCUCAGAAGAAUCCUUUCGACGUCGGUGUUCUUCUCCAGCCGUUUUUUAUAUUACUUUUUACCCUCCUCUCUAAAAAGUCGGCCUUGUCAUUCGUUAAGGAUUCGGUAGUGGAACGAGUCUGCGCGGCAACCCUCCAUCCUCCCCCUCCAGCCACUCCCCCCCGCCCCGUAGUUCUACAGAACUCGAGACUCUAUUACCUGCCAUUACCUGGCGGCGGAGAUCUGCGAGACCUUUUACCAACCGGGCAGAUGGCCUCUGAACCAGAUCCACAACUUGCCUAGCAACAGACACGGGACCGACAAUGUCUCGACCACACGUAGGCAGGGGAAUUAAGGCGGUCGAAAUGCGCCACCAUCAGCCGUGCCGAUGUUGAUUUGCCAGUUAUGUGUCCGUAGCACUGAAUUGAUCUUUUCCAGAAUCACUCCAUUAUUUCUGUUGCACGCUCCACUGCUGCUUCGCGAAUGUGGUUUAUCUGCCCCCUUUAGUUUGGAGAAGGGUUCGCCAUGUUGCUGAUGAUUUGGAGGCUGCACAGUUGUUUUUGUUAUCGCGGCGCCGUCCCUCCCUCUUCUCGUACGAGUUGUCACCUUCUUUUUGUUUGUUUUUUUGUCCCCCCCUGUGCCUCGAGUUAAAAAGGGGGGCCGGCCAACUGACUAUUUUUGCCAGGACUAGGACCAGUUCAUAGAUGGCAAAAAAAACAACACAUUCAGAAAGUUCAAAAUAUUUAACGUGGGAAAUGGCUCCAGCACUGGCACCUUGUCUAGAGGAAACCAAUGCAAGAAAAGGGCACAACCACAAGACUCUUUCCCUAUAAAGUCUUAUAUAGACCUGAUCACUGUUUGAAUCCUGCAUUUGUGCCUGUUGCCUCAAUAGAAUUAGAGCCAAUAUUGACUGCCUUCAUCAGAUGAUUAACAUGAGAGUUCCCUAAGUUGUACCUUUUUGUUUUUUUCGAUUGUUUUACGUGGACAAAAUGACGUUAGGCCAGAAAUGCCACUUGCAGUCCACUGAUUUCUCAGGGUUGAAUCAAAACCAGCGUUAAUGCCGACGUCGUUGUUGGUGAACUAACUGAAUCAUUUUAAUCAGCAAGGCCUCAGUACAGUUAGCCGGGUGGCGUUUGGUACCGUACCCUCCAGGCUUUGACCCCUGAGCGUUGACCUAGAAUCCCCCACCCUCUCUCGCUCUCUCCUCUCUCUCUCUAAUUAGAUGCCUUGUAAAGGGACAGACUGAAAUGAUUGUCUGUCAGUAGAUGUAGAGAGUUUUGCUUUAGAUUUUCUUAAUAUACUGUAAGUAUGAGCUGUGACUCCAGGCGUCUCUGAAAAACCCUUGAAGGUUGGCUUAUAUUUAUACGCCAACUAGGACUCCACUGUUUUUUUUUUUUUCUAGGACAAUUUUCAGGCACCGUUUGAAUCUGUAUUUUGAUUUCCCCCCCGUUCCCCGGGACUGUUCACAUGGACAUCCUCCUGUUUUUAUUUUCCUCUUCUACAUUAGAGCGUGUGAGCAUCACUUUGCAUCUAGUUCUGGCUUUGUACAUACUGUGAUCUGUUGCCAUGUAAAUAAUAUUCAGGUUUAUCUCCGUAUAUAUAAAUGGUUGUAGAGUGGAUUUUUUUUUGUGCUGAAUGUGUUUAAAAUCACUGCUUUUCCAAUGAAGAUUACUUUUUUUUGAUUAGGAUUUAUUGUGUUACUUUUCAUCACCUUCUUGAAAUUCAUUCCUUUGCAAAGUCUCAUGUCAAUCUAACAAUCAAUAAAAUACACCUUUCUAAUGAAA